GCCGGCGACGCGCCCAGUGUGACCAGUAAUUGCGUGUCUAUUAGUUUCGCGCCUAUCUAUUGUUUACACUGUAACCCCCACGAUAUCGACAAGUGAUAGUACGUGAUAACGACCACAAUGCGUGUGUGUAAACACGACACCCGGAGUCCCAACAAGCCGGACGACAUGUGUUUUUAGUCCAACUAUUUAUCGUUUUUCCACUACUAUAAGUAUCACAAUGGAAGAAUGCGCCGGAUUUAAAGUCCUACCUACAAAAGUCAAUGAAAAGUCCACGGCUAUCCGUCACUUGUUUUUGAAAAUGCACGUUACCAGGGAAAAAUGUCCUCAAAAGCCUGAGUAUCAAACACUUUUUGUGGUUGGUGUUCCUGAGUUCUGCAAUCAAAAAAUUUUGACAAAUGCAUUUCGUUGUUGUGGAAAAGUCAAAUCUGUAUUCUUCCACAAAGAACCUACACCUAUUGAACCAGAAGUUAUAUCCUCCAAAUAUUUUCUUCCAGAACCGGUUAAAGGUUUCAAAGUGGCUUAUAUUGUAUUUGCACAUACAUCUGGUUUAGAAAAAGCAUUGUCAAUGAAAUAUACAGAAAGUAAACCUUUCAUAUUAUCAACACAAGCUUCUCCUGUCACAAAUAUAGUUCAACGAUGGUGUGAAAAUUACAAUAACAGUAUUGUUGACAUAAACGAAUUACAAUCUGAAAUUAAUACUUAUAUGGCAGAGUAUGACAAAACUUCAGCAGAAAGAAUACAAGUUGAAAAAGAAACAGUUGAUGAUGAAGAUGAAGAUGGAUGGAAAACAGUUACCAAAAAAGGAAGAAAUCCUGGAUUUGCACGUAAAGAAGCAAUUAAGAAUAAUAUUCUGAAAAAAGAAUCCAAGAAAAGGAGUAAGAAAAUAUUGAAAAACUUUUAUAGAUUCCAAAUUAAAGAGACCAAAAUUAAUCAAUUGAUGGAGUUACGUAACAAGUUUAAUAAUGACAAGUCAAAGAUUGAGUUACUGAAACAGAGUAGAAAGUUUAAGCCUUUUUAAUUUUAAUUUAAAUUUGAUGAAUUUCAACUUGAUUUAUUAGAAAUAAUUCAGUUUUGUUUCAAUAAACUGCAGUUUUU